ACAGUUUAAACAGGAUCGUGUUUCACAGAUUCCAAUCUUCAGAGGGACAUCUAUUAAAUUAAAGCUGACUGAUACUGACUUCUUCCUUUUUAUGUUUAAUGAUUAGACCACGCCGCUUAGUCUAAGCACCCAGGUUGUAUAUACAGUUUUUUCGACUAACAGUAAGUGUUUCAGAAUUUUAUAUAUCCUGGACGAAAAACGGUUUUCGCUUUUCACAGAAAUCACUUUUUUUUUUUGGUUCGGCUACAAUUUAAAAAAGAAAGAAAAGAAAACCGAACAGGAAACCAAACCAACAGAACCAUGUUUUUAUAAAAAGACAACAAAAUGUAUCAACGUUAUUACAGACAGGUGCUUUCUUGUGUGUGAAAAUUACUAAAUGUUGUACCAGCUUUUUAUCUGAAACGAAAGGAUUCCGUAUUACCAAGUUGCCACGUGUUAUGAUGCAGGAUGAGCGGAGUAGCACUGCCGCCAGUACCCGGGACCGUGAGGAUGACAACGACAAGAAUGUCUACCCCGGAUUGUAACUCCCGACCCUCGAGUGCAAGCAGCACCCACAGUACCACGUUCACCAAUGUACCGCACGUGUACUUCAACAAUUACACGAGGAACUCGACAUCCCGCUCGUUCUCGAGAACUCCUCGUCGACUGCCGAGUCUGAAACACCCACGAGGGAUCCACUCCAGCCAGUUGGAAAGCGUGAGCGCAAGAUACUCGGCCAAAUAUAGACGCACACCCGGAAUAGCAUGUCGACUGAGUGCCAACUCACCAUUUCUACCACGGUCGUCUACCGCUGAUUGUCUGAAAUGUCUUCUUCGAGUUCCACACAGAAAAUGUGAAUCGCACAAGUAUAUCCGGGUGGGCGGUGGUUAUCGCCAUGGUUACUGGUACGUCAAGUGUCUGUUGGAGGAACUGGAGUUACAGAGACGGAAGGAGGCGCUCAGACUGCAGCGACUGGACGUCAUCAAGGAGAAAACAGUGAAAGCUAUCAAAACCUACGUGCGGACGAAAAGCGGUCGACUCAUUGAGAAGAUCAUCUUUCUAUCGGAGGAGGACUAUGAAGCCUUCAAGGAGGGCAAGGGCAUUCAGGACAUCCUCAAGAAGUACCUGACAAAAGAAGAGGCCGAGGGCUUGGAAUCAUGGGACAAAGACGAGGUGAAGGCUAUCACGACGUUCGUCAGGACGAAGAGCGGACGACUCAUCGAGAAGCUGGUCUAUGUCUCGAAAGAGGAAUACGACGAUAUCAAAUCCGGGAAAGUGGACGCCAAGGACAUACUACAGAAGUACGUGAAAACGGAGGAUGGGGAGGUGAUCGAGGGAUGGGGGGAGGCGAAGAUGAGAACGAUAAAGACCCACGUGAGGACCAAGAGCGGCAGACUCAUAGAGAAGGUGAUCAUGAUCUCCGAGGAGGACUACAACGCGAUGGUCAGAGACGGGAAGGAUCCCGCUGAGAUCUUGGCGAAGUACAUUUCCCUGGAGGAAGGUCAGACUCUGGACUCCUGGCAGAGCGCGGAGCCCAUGAAAGCCAUCAAGACGAUGGUGAGAACAAAGAGUGGCAGGCUGGUCGAGAAAACCAUUUACGUUAGUGCUGACGAUUACGAACGAAUGAUUAAGGGCGGUGGGGACCCCAAAGAUAUUCUGAAAAAAUACAUGGGCGAUGACGCUGGCGAGAUUGAGUCUUGGCACAAGGCGUCCGACGAGAAGCCGAUGAAAGUGGUGAAAACCUUCGUUAGGACAAAGAGUGGCAGGUUGAUAGAGAAGACUGUGCUACUCACCGAGGAUGAGUACAGGCAAUUCGUAGACUCUGGCGGGGAUCCGGAUCUGCUGAGGAAGUUCAUGGACCUCGCUCAAGGUGAAACGAUUGAGGACUGGGAGAAAGCGUCUACGGUGUAUUCCUUGGGAUCCGAUGACGAGGAAGUUAAAAACGCGAAACCCGGAGAACGAGUGGUUGGGAAAGAUGGUGUGGUUUACGAAAUUGUGGUUGAUCCAAUCACGGGCAAGAAAUAUAAAAAACGAGUUCUUCACCCCGACUCUGACGUCGACAGUGGAAUCGCUUCAAUGCACCGAGGCAAGAAGGGGAAGGGAGGGAGAGGGGAGGCGGGGAUCGCGGAAGAGGAGUCGGCGAAAGAGAGACUGAGGAGGAAGAUAGGGAAGAGGGACGAGGCCAGCGAUAGCGACUACAGCUACAAGAGCUUCACCAGCGACGGCGGCACCCGCCACGUCAAGAGACGAAAGAAGAGGGCGGAUGGAACGUACAGCGCCAGCGAAUCGUACCACAGCUCGCAAGACGAAGACGGUGCAGCCAGACGACGGCGACGUCGUCGGGAACGUAAGCACGGACCAGACAGCGCCCACAGUUACCACAGCUACGUGAGCGAGGGCGGCACCCGCCACGUAAAGAGAAAGAAGAAGCGAGCGGACGGGACGUACAGUGCCAGCGAGUCCUAUCACAGCUCGGACAGCGACCUACCCGGCGGGCGACGUGCCACGAAGAAAAAGAAGGAAAAAGCGGCACGGAAGAAGCUGAAAGAGCGGGAGCACGGCAGCGGGAGCGAACACAGCUACUACAGCGAGGUGAGCGAGGGCGGAACGCGCACCAGGAAGCGAAAGAAACGGAUCCGCGAUGAGCAUGGCAAUGUGAUUGGUUAUGCAGCCUCUGAAAAGUACUCCAGUCCAGAUAUUUCAGACGAUGAAAGCGUCUAUACGGAAGUGUCGGAUGGAAAAGGAGGCAAAAUGUUGGUUAAGAAGGCCAAACCAAAAGGCAAGAAGGGUAAAAAGGGCAGGAAAGACAGCGGUCCGGUGUUUAGUGACGAGAGUUCGUCCGAUGAUGACGUGGACUUGGAAAACAUGACUGAGGAAGAAAAGAAGCAAUAUUUCGAAGCGAAGGCCAAACGAAAGCUGGAAAGAGAGGAAAGACGGAAGAAGAAAUACGGGGACAAAUACGAGGAGAUGUUGAAAAAACACGAAAAAAAGAAGGCCGACAAGGUAGAACGCCGUAAACUGGGUUACGCGAGCGACGAGUCCUCGGUGUACGAUGAGACUGGGAAGCGAAUCCCUAAAAGCAUGGUGUCGUACGAGAAGGGAUCUCGCCGGGGACUCCUCGAUCAGGUCGACAAGACGGACGGACGCGGACUCAGUAACAUGGACGAUUGGUCUGGAAAGAAAGGAAAAAAGAAAGGCAAGACAGAUGGGAACGAGGCUGAUGACGAAAGUGAUGAAGGUUCGGAUACCGCUGAUGGAAAGAAAAAGAAAAAAAGCAAAAUGAGGCCGGGAUCAGAUCCAGAUUUCUUAUAUGAAUAUGACGAACAGGGUCGAGUGAUUAGAAAGAAACGAAUUAAAGCAAAGGAUGGUGACGAUGGUAGCGGCUCUGAAUAUGAAUUCGAAUACGACGACAAAGGCAGACUUAUCAAACAGAAACGGGUUAAUGCCAAGGGUGACGGAGACGAGAGUGGGUCAGAGGUCGAGUACGAGUACGACGAGGAAGGCAAUCUUAUAAAACAGAAGCGUAUUUUAAAGAAGGCCGGCGGUGAACAGAUUGAAUUUGAAUAUGAUGCAGAAGGCAGAAUAAUUAGACAGAGGCGUAUUAAUAAACAGGGUGACGGACAAGGUAGUGGUUCGGAGUACGAAUAUGAAUAUGAUGAGCAUGGCAAUCUCAAAGGGAAGAAAAAGAUUGAAAGACAUCCUAGUGCGGAGUCAGACGGUGACUACUUUGAGGUGGACGAGAAGGGGGAGAUCAAGCUCAAACACGGAAAGAAGAAAAUCGACCUCAGCAAGUUGACCCACGAUGAUCUCCGCAAACUCGGCAUUGACCCGAACCUUUCUAAGCAAGAAAUAGCUAGACAGCUUCAGGAAAGGUUUGGUAUUAGAGUUGUCGACAAAGGGAAGAAGAUCGGGACGAAAAGACUUGAAGACUAUGGAAGUAAUGCGGAUACAGACGAACUUGCUAAUGAUAGCGAUUUGGACAUUACCACUCUGAAAGGGACCCGUCGAGUGAAUGUUCUAAUGAGGCGCGGUGGGCAGACUUUGUUGGAUCACAUAAAGAGACUGCUAAACGAGUCAAGACUCCAGGAUGACUAUCCCAAGGACUUGGAUGAACGAGGUGACAUAGACUUUCUUGCUCAUUAUCGUCUAGUGGACAAGAACAGACUGGAGUCGUACGCACGUGCGUUUGGUGUUGAGGAUGACGACCUUGAUACUAUUCUCACUGCUGACGAAACCCGAACAGCUCUUGAAGGUGUUCCGAGUAUACAGCAAAUAACGGAGAAGCAAAUGGAUUAUGUCCUCAAAGUUUUGAAAAUCGACGACGCCUCGCAGAUUACGUUUCGGAUGUUUGCCGUUAUUUCCGCUUUAUCCGAGAGAGUCACUCAGAUGGAUCCUCUGGCCAAACGUCUAAUGGAGAUUUGCGACCUGUUGGAUAUACAACGUAAGAUGGAUCUUUACCAGAGUAUGUUCUACUGGAAUGUGAACUCUGACCGCGACACGAACUUUAUAAAAGCCGAUUCACUGCGCAUAGAGCUGAUAGCUGGCGGCCUCAACUGGAAACAGCAGGAAUACAUCAUGGAACGACUUCAACCAAACAACUACAACGAGAUCUCGUUCCUCGACUACAUCUGCUACAUCCCUCUGUUUCUGUCGAUGCACGACAAUAUCGUAAACAACCCGCUAGACAUGUCCAACAACAAGUACGACGCACUGCUGCGACGCCCCUCCGGUCAGAGUCGGCAGAGAGACAUCAACCCUCUGGGGCAGCCCCUCAGUAAGAAAUCCUCCUUCCAGAUGAGGCAGCAGGCACAGGAGCUGCUGGAGGGCAAGAUCACUAUGGACGACGUCAACAAGGACAACCGAGAUCUCAUUAACAAAUACAAAAAAUUGCCAAAGAUAUUAGAGUCUUCAGCCAACCCAGAAGGCAAGGAGUUCGUGGACAAAGACGGCACGGUGUACCAGCAGCACGUCGACGAAGAGGGCAACAUCUACAUUAUGAAGAAAGACCCCAAGACCGGCAAGAUGGUCAAAACCGUCGUUGGUGUCAAGAAACCCAAGAAAAACAAGUUACUGACCCGAAAGGAUGGCAAGGCGUUUACCAAACCGAGUGCAAUGACUGAAGAACAACUUCUGCAAUUUAAAACAGGAAAACGCAUGACCGACAGCGACAGCGAAUACAGCUACCGCAGCGUGUACUCGGCUGGGGGCACCCGCAACGUGCGACGGCGUCGGCGACUCAGCGGCGGCAAAUACAGCGGCAGCGAAUCGUACGACAGCGAGCGCGAUCAGGACGGCAAAACCAGACGACUGAAGAGAAGAGACGUGAGAGAGAAGGAAAGAGUGAAAGAAGAGAAACGCGAAAAGGACGCCAAAGCCAAGAGAGAGAAAGCGCUGGCUGGCGACAGGAAGCAGAUGGGAAGCGCCGCUAGCUACUACAGUUACGUCAGUGACGGCGGGACCCGCCAUGUUAAAAAGAAGGGUAGACAACGCGAGGACGGGACGUACAGCGAUGACGAAUCGAUGGCGGGAGAUUACAAAUACGACAAGACGAAGAAGAAGAGAGCCAUCAAAGACUUCAAAAAGAAGCCGAUGGAAACUCCCGAACAGACGAAGAAGAAACCUCCUGGAGCAGAAGUCUCGGAACUCACGCCAAGGACGCAGGGAGAACCGAUACACACGACUCCAGUGGCGGGUGGGGGUGGGGCGGACGGGGAGGAGGAUCUGGAUCGAGAGUACUCCUUCCACAGCGAAGUGAGCGAGGGCGGGACGCGCAGAGUGUUCAAGAAGAAGAAGAUUCUGGACGAGCAGGGAAACGUCGUCGGGUACGGAGAUAAGGAGCUGGUGGAUGCAGACAGUGAUGAGGAGUCUGUUAGAAUACGGCGAGGACUAAAAUAUCAUGAACACCCUAAACCUGUCUACUUUAGCGAUGCUGCAGAAAUGAAAGCCAGCAAGGAGCUCUUCAAACAGCUUCAAGAGAUGAUCGGCGACGACGACUCCGGCAGCAAGGUUGGUCCCGGCGGGGUCAGAAUGGUUCAGGGGUCGGACGGCAAGUGGUACCCCGUGAAGAGCAAAGACGCCAAGGGGAUCGACGAUCUCGACAUCCCUUCCCUCGACAUGCCCAAGUCUUCCAUCAUCGAUACCGACGCAGACGGCGUGCCCCUCGACUUCAGCGACGACAGCGAGGACGAGCCCGACCUGAGUCACAUGACCGAGGAGGAGAAGAAGCAGUAUUAUGAGGCGAGGGACAAGAGGAGAGCGGAGAGGGAGAGUAGGAUGAGAGCCAAGUACGGAGAUAAAUACGAAGAGAUGAUGAGACUGAGGAAACUACAAAAGGAAAAAGAGAACGCUGAAAGACAAAAGCGACAGGAAGAGGCGGAUGCGAAAAGCAAGGCGUUGCUAGAGGCGGCCAAAGCAGCUGAAGAAGACAAACAUCCGAAAAUAACCGAGAAGCUGAUUCGCCGUACUUCAUCAAGCCUUCUCCCGAGAACUCCGAAGAAACCUAAAAGCAUGGUGUCGUACCAGACUGGCUCUGCACGGGAUAUAUCGGGACCCAUAACCAAGUCAGACAGCAGAAACUUAGGACCGGGUCACGAUGAAUGGAGUAAAAAGGGUAAAACCAGACAGCUGCAUAGUCCAGCAAAGAGAGUGCAAGACACGUACGAUCCGUUUAACUUCAAACCGAUAAAGCUGCCGAUUAUUUUACAAGGCAAAGAGUUGGACCACCCUGAUACAGUGGACGCGUCUAGGUCUCGAUCGCGUAAAGGGAAAGGCGGUAUUGAUGGACGAAAAUCACAGAAUGAUGAAGUGGGCGAUAAAGCAGGUAUAAACAUGGAUCUGUUCGAGAUAGGCGAGGAUGGGAAGCUCAGGCUGAAGGAGGGCGUCACCAUUGAUCUUUCAAGACUCAGCAGCGCCACCCUGCGGCAACUCGGCAUCGAUCCAAACCUGUCGAAAGAAGAACUUAUAAAGCAAAUACAGCAAAAGCUGGGUACCAAUGUGGUGAUCAAAGAUGGCGACAAAGUGAUUAAGACUUGGUCAAGUACAAACCUUGACCUAGAAAAGCUCGCCUCUACCGUACCAACUGCUGAUGAAGACGGAAAACUGACAUACCGAGGACGGCGUCGUGUGAACUUGCUGAUGCAGAGAGGAGGACAGGUCCUGCUGAAUCACAUGAAGAGGAUACUGGACAUGUGCAACACCCUCAAAGAGGACUAUGCCAAAAAUCUAGACGAAAAAGACGGUUCUAUCAACUUUCUGGCGCACUAUCGGUUGGUUGAACCUGGCAAACUGGAAUCCUAUGCUAAAGCUUUCGUUGUUGAGGACAGAAAUAUGGACACGGUCAUCAACUUCGACGAAACCAAGAUCGCGCUGGAUGGUGUACCUGACCUGGAAUACAUGACUAACAAACAAGCAGACUAUGUUCUCAAAGUCCUCCAUAUUGACGAUGCCUCGAUGGUGACGUUUCGGAUGUUCGCGGUCAUCACUGCUCUCUGUGAACGUGUCACGAGGAUGGAUACUAUCAGCAAGAAGCUGUUGGAGCUGUGUAACUUGGCGGACAUUGAGAGAAAGCUCGAGUUGUACAAGUCGAUGUUCUACCACAACGUCAGCAGCGACCGCGUGGCCAACUUCAUUACGGCGGAGUCGCUGAAAAUAGAACUGAUAGCUGGCGGCCUCAACUGGAAACAACAGAACUACAUCAUGGACAAGAUGGAACCGAACAGCUGGGGAGAGAUCUCGUUCCUGGACUACAUGUGCUACAUCCCUCUGUUCCUGUCCCUGCACGACAACAUCAUCGCCAACCCGUUCGACAUGUCUGACGAGAAGUACGUGAUGCCGCCCAGGAAGCGGCCGCCGUCGCCGCAGAGAGACAUGAACCCGCUGGGCCAGCCGUUGAGCAAGAAGUCGUCGUUCCUCAUGAAGAAACAGGCCAGGGACUACGUGGAGGGCAAACUCGGGGACCAGAUGGUGGGGGACGAGUCGCUGGAUAAAAUACAGUUGUACUCAAAAAUGACUGACAUCGACACGUUUGACAAGCCAGUGACGAGCACACCCGUGGAGAGCGACAGUGAUUAUGAAAAGAUAGAUCUUAUUUACUGAAGAGAGCACCAUUUAAAGGGAGCUAACUUAGAAGGUUGCGUGGUUUACAAGGUGGUGGAAAUCGUCAUCUCUUCGUGUUUGAACGCCGCGGACACUGAAGUUUUCUGUGAUUUACAAGUUGAUAUCGUGAUCGCUGACGUUUUACUGUGAUUAAUAACUUCACUGAAGUCGUGAUCAUUGAACAGAAGUCAUGGUUAGUGAAUUUUUACUGUGAUUUACAAACUGACUGAAGUGAUCACUGAACCUGUACUGUGAUUUACAAACUGUCUGAAGUGAUCACUGAACUUUUAUUUCUGUGAUUUACAAGUUGACUGAAGUCUUGAUUGCUGAACAUUUACUGUGAUUUACAAGUUGAUUGAAAUCUUAAAAUCUGAACUUUCACUGUGAGUUACAAGUUGAUUGGACUGAUCGCUGAAGUUUUACUGUGAUUUACCAGCCGACUGAAAUCAUGGCUUUAUAUCCAUUAUUAUGAUUUACAAAUUGACUGAAGUCUUGUUCACUGAUCUUUUAAUGUUUUACAAGUUUACUGAAGUCGUGAACACUGAACCUUUAAGGUUAUAUAUAAGAUGCCUGAAACCGAGGUCACUUCAUGUUUGCUUAGAUAUACAAAAUGGUUGAAACGGAGGUCAUUGCUUUGAGUUACAAGAAUAUUAUAAACUGCGGUGAGUGUGUAUUGAAAGUGCGGACUAAAUAUCAUGUUAAUGUGACUUUAACCUUUGAUAUUUCAUGAAGGGUUAUUUUUAUGAUGAUGGUCGAUAUUGUACAAUAUGUAUGACAAGUACUUUUAUGAUCACAUGGUAGGUGGUUGCGAAACUAUAAAUCAAUGUAUCUAGCAUAUUUUUUGUUUAGUAAAAGGAAUGCAAACUGUGUAUAUAGAAGGAGCACAAGGACCUAAAUAGUGCCGUGAUGGGUCAAAGUGACAUGACCUCCGAAAGUAGAUCAUGGCACUAUAUAGGCCUUUAUACUACCUAUAGGAUGUUAUAUAAAUUUGAAUGUACAUAUAUAGGAUGUUACAUAAAUAAAGGAUUGUUCCAAUUAUGCAUUUUGGAGGUUACGAUGUAAUUUGAACGUUCCAUUGUCUGCAGACAAUAGAACACAUGCAAAUAUAUUAAAUUGCCUUACAACUUGUAAUGUGAAGUUAAGAGUAGUGAAAACGUAUAACGAUUUGGAUUUAAAAAUACUACCAUUCGGCCACCGAUCGUUAUCGUAAGUCCCACCAUAGAUAGGUACUUUAGUAUUUAAUAAACACUGCAGACAGUCGGCGAAUGUGAAUAUGAUAUUACCACCAGAUUUCCAGCAUUCUAUCUUCAGCAGAGCACCAGGGCCUUCUUGAUUCAGUAUUCUUGUAAUUCGAGAGUGCUUUUAAUAAAACUUGUUGAGUGACAAUGACUUGGCCAUUUCGAAACGGACAUUAGUGAAGGUAUUGUAAACAGUAGCGGUGACUUUACCGUGUACAUUGAGUAAGACAUGGUCCAGAAUUUAUUACAUGGGGUGAAUGGCGCAGGCUAUUUAAUUAAUAAUUUAAGCCAAGUGGAUCUGUAACCUUUUUUUUUCUUAGGCACACUUGGUUUAAACAAAUAUAUAUUAUUCUGUAUGUGGUUACACACCGUGUUAUCAAUUUAGGCACCACACAAACACACACACACACACACACACACACACACACACACACAUUCCAUCCGCCCAAUUGAUCAACUCUGAAAGUGUGAAGAAGAAAAAAAUUGUGUUAAUCUAACAUGUUAACGAAAUCAAUGUACAAACUGAAAUAAAAUGAUUUUCCAAACUUUAUUAUUGAUACUGACUAACUGUCAAUACAGGUCAAAAUCAUAUAGAAGAAUAGCAGAAUAUAGCAUAUGAAUAAGGUGCAGCAUGAAAAGGACUGUCCUGAGUUUGCAGUCAAUGUAAGAUGUUUCCGACUAACAGUCGUAUUGGCGACUAAAAUUACGUAUUGAAUAUAUUUUCUUGUUUAGAAUACCAAUGUGUGUAUAUCCAAUGUGUUUGCGGUUGUGUACUAAGGUUUGUAAAAGGUUUGGCAAUAUAUAUAUAUAUAUAUAUAUAUAUAUAUAUAUAUAUAUUGUCGUACGUACGAAAUUAUUGGUAUUGGAAGGCAAAAUCCGGUUUGUGCUAUUACAUUUCAUUCAACUUAUUUUCGUGCUUCUAUCCAAUUAAAUUUCAAGCACGCUGUCCUGGGCACACACACCUCAGCUACCUGGGCUGUCUGUCCAGGACAGUGGAUUAGUUGUUAGUUGGUUAGUGAU